CUAACUCAUCGACUUAAAUUCAAAUCAUCAAGCUCGAUAAUGGAUAUCUUCUAUGGUUCCCUCCUCUCCCUCCUUGUUAUUGUGAUCUCAUGCUCACUUUGUUUUUCUUUCUUUAAGCCAGCUGCAGAUGCAAAACUCCCACCUGGCGGAAGAGGGUGGCCUGUGAUCGGAGAAACUAUAGAAUUUGUCACCACCGGUUUGAAGGGUCACCCUGAAAAGUUUAUCUUAGAUCGCAUGACUAAGUUCUCGCAUCAUGUUUUCAGGACCUCUCUAAUUCUACAGGAUGUGGUCGUGUUCUGUGGGCAGGAGGGUAACAAGUUCUUGUUCACGAAUGAAAACAAACUUGUUCUGCAAUGGUUGCCUCCUUCGGUCGGAAAGAUCCUCCCUUUUUCUGACCAUAACAGGACGAAGGCAAAGAUGGUUCGAAAAUACUUUAAGCCUGAAGCUCUACCACAAUAUGUCCCAGUUAUGGACAUGGUGACACAGAAACAUUUCCAAACCGAAUGGGAAGGUAAGGACCAGAUUAUGACCCAAAAACUCAUAAAAAACUUCACUUUUUUGCUUGCAUGCAAAAUUUUCUUCAGUAUUGAUGAUCCAGAAUGGGCCAAAAACCUAUCUGGCCCAUUCGAAAAGCUGGCUCCUGGAAUUUUCUCCAUCCCCAUAAACCUCCCUGGAACACCGCUACGUAGAGCAAUAAAUGCAGCCACAUUCAUCAGAAAAGAACUCACUGCAAUAGUAAAGAGAAGAAAGAUUGAUUUGGCUGAUGGGAAAGCUUCGCCUACACAAGACAUUUUAUCGUUGUUUCUCUGUGACGAUGAGGCCAAAUCCAUGCCAGAAAUUGAAGUCGCUGAUCUCAUUGUUGGGUUGUUGAUCGGCGGCCAUGACAGUUCAAGCUCAACAUGUGCAAUCAUUGUUAAAUAUCUCGCCGAGUUGCCAGAGAUUUACGAGGGUGUCUACAAAGAACAAAUAGAAAUUACAAAAUCUAAAGCAUCAAAAGAAUUGUUGAACUGGGAGGAUUUGUCAAAGAUGAGAUACUCUUGGAAUGUGGCAUGUGAAGUUCUUAGAUUAGUCCCACCCACCCAAGGAACUUUUAGAGAAGCCAUUACCGAUUUCACAUACCACGGAUAUUCAAUUCCAAAGGGAUGGAAGUUGUAUUGGAGUACUAAUUCAACUCAUAAAAAUCCUAAUUUUUUCCCGGAUCCUGAAAUGUUCAACCCAUCAAGAUUCGAUAAUAAAAGACCAACACCAUAUACAUUUGUACCAUUUGGAGGAGGAGGUCAUCUGUGUCCUGGAAAGGACUUUGUCCGAGUAGAAAUACUUGUGUUCAUGCAUCAUCUUGUGACGAAAUUUAAGUUGGAAAAGCUAAUUCCGAAUGAGCAAAUCAUUUUCAGUCCGGUUCCUAAGCUUGAAAAGGGACUUCCAAUGCGUCUGUAUCCUCAUAAACCAUAAUGCUGAAGUAUUUAUUAGAAAUGGAACUAGUCCAAAAAUAAUAUCUGAAAUAAACAAUAAUAAGACAAGAUAGGGCCUAUCAAAUUGUGGAUCCAAAAGCAAGGUCGAUGGAUGUAGGAGUGUGUAAUGAUUGAUAAUUUCUCUUUGAAUCUAGGAUUGUGUAAUGAUUGAAAACUUCUCUUUUCAUGUGAUUGUUCC